AUGUCGAACUAUUCUCAGCUAGAACAUAACCACGGACAGGGCCAGGGAGCGGUGGCAACGGUCUUAUGUUGCAACUGUGGUGUGCCCAUGGACGGGUCCCAAGGGUUGGUUAUGUGUUACGAUUGUAUCAAGUUAAAUGUUGAUAUUACCGAAGGUAUUCCAAGAGAAGCAAAUGUUUCGUUUUGCAGAAACUGUGAACGUUUCUUGCAACCCCCUCAGCAAUGGGUCCGAGCACAAUUAGAAUCUAGAGAGUUAUUAGCAAUUUGCUUAAAGAAAUUGAAAGGGCUUAAUAAAGUUAGAUUAGUUGAUGCUUCAUUUAUUUGGACCGAACCCCAUUCUCGUCGUAUUAGGGUCAAGUUGACCGUGCAGGGAGAGGCCAUGGCCAAUACCAUUGUGCAACAAACCUUUGAAGUCGAAUACGUUGUUAUUGCCAUGCAAUGUCCUGAUUGUGCCAAAUCCUAUACGGCAAAUACUUGGAGAGCAACUGUGCAAAUCAGACAAAAAGUUCCUCAUAAAAGAACUUUCUUGUAUUUAGAACAAUUGAUUUUGAAGCAUAAUGCACAUGUUGAUACUGUUUCGAUUCAAGAAGCAAAAGAUGGAUUGGAUUUUUUCUAUUCACAGAAAAACCAUGCUGCUAAAAUGUUGGAUUUCUUAUCAGCAGUGGCUCCAAUUAAAGCUAAAAAAUCAGAAGAAUUGGUUAGUAUGGAUAUCCAUUCUGGUUCUUCUUCUUAUAAAUUUUCCUUUUCCGUUGAAAUUGUUCCAAUUUGUCGUGAUGAUUUAGUGGUUUUACCUAAAAAAUUAGCCCAUUCAAUGGGUAAUAUACCAAGACUUGUUUUAUGUUCGAAAAUUUCUAAUUCUGUCCAGUUUUUAGACCCAAAUACUUUACAAAUUGCUGAUAUGUCUGCUCCAGUCUAUUGGAGAAGCCCAUUUCCUUCUUUAGUUGAUGCAACUCAAUUAGUUGAAUUUAUUGUUCUUGAUGUUGAACCAACUGGGGACGUUAGAGGUAAACAUGUAUUGGCGGAUAUAACUGUUAGUCGUGCAAGUGAUUUAGGGGUCAACGAUAAUUCAUUCUACGUAAGAUCUCAUUUAGGUGGUAUUCUUCAUCCGGGUGAUUCUUGUAUGGGUUAUUAUUUAUCUAAUUCUAAUUUUAAUUCCGAUCUUUGGGAAACUUUAGAUACCGCCAACACUCCAGAAGUUGUUCUCGUUAAGAAACAUUAUGCUAGAAAAUCUAGAGCUUCUAAGAAUAGAAAAUGGAAAUUGAAGAGAAUGGCUAAAGAACAUAAUGAUAUUGUUGCAAAUGAUGAUUCUAGACAAGCCAGACAAGAACAAGAACGUGCUGAAAGAGAUUAUGAAUUAUUCUUACAAGAAUUAGAAGAAGAUGAAGAAUUAAGACAAACCAUUAACUUAUAUAAAUCAGGUGAUAGUCAACCUCAAAAACCUAAGGAUGAAGAUGAUAUGGAUGAUGAAGAUGAAGAUGCCCCAGAAAUUGGUAUCGAUGAAUUAUUGGAUGAAUUAGACGAUUUGGCAUUAGAAGAUCAUCCAAUGGAUGGUUAA